AUGGGAAGUGUUUGUAGUGGAGCAUCGAAAGGUACGGUGGCCGAUGCAACGCCAGCAAUUUCUGCACAAAAGGAGGGAAAUGUGAACGCAAAUGGAUCGCCUUUACAACCGUCAAGACCACCAUCACAACAUGGAACUGGAGCUGUUGAUGAAAAUGCGGUGAUUCAAGAUAUUCAACGUGCUGUAACGCCGAAUCCUCAUGCAUCGACUAAAGGAGAUGACGAGGAAAACUAUCAAAUAAUAAGACUUUUAUUAUUAGGUGCUGUCGAAUCCGGAAAAACUACAAUAUUGGAGCAAAUUCGCAUAAUGUUCAAACAACAUUUCACCGAAGCCGAGCUAUUUCAUCGAAAAGCUUUCAUUUAUAACACAAUUCUUCGAAAUGUGCGCACACUUGUCUCUAGGACAAGACAAAUGGGAUUGCUUUAUGUGAAUACGCAAAAUGAGUCAGGUGCCGAUCUAAUUCUUGCGCAAGAUGAGACCCAAUAUGGACAUUUCACUCCAGAAGUCGAGAAAGCGAUUAUAAGCAUUUGGGCGGAUAAAACAACUCAACAUGUCUACUCAAAAAGAAGUGAAAUCAAUUUGAAUGAUUCAACGAAAUACUUCUUGGACAAUCUCGAAAAGAUCAACAAAAUGGAUUUUCGACCAACUUCCAAUGAUCUCAUUAUGUCUUAUGUGCCAACUGUCGGAAUUCAGAAUAUCAUUUUCUCGACAAAUCAUCGAUCAUUUCAACUAUUUGAUAUGGGUGGACAAAGAAUCGAUCGACGCAAAUGGGCAACAAUGUAUGAUGGAAUUGAUGCGAUUUUCUUUUGUCUUGCCAUUUCUGAAUACAAUCAAUUAAUGGAUGAAGAUGGGAUUACGAAUCGUUUAAGCGAUUCGAUGUCACUUCUCGAGAAAAUCGCUCAAGAACCCAAAUUUCAAACAACACCAAUUUUCUUGUUUCUCAAUGAAGUGGACGUGUUUCGGGAAAAAUUAACCGUUUUUCCUUUAAGCAAUCAUCUUCCAGAAUAUGAAGGUAAAAGUGUCGAAGAAGCGCUUGAUUUUAUCGAAGAAUUGGCAACAUCUCGAAUGGAAGGACAUCAGAAGAAUUAUGUCUACAGAACGAUUGCAAUCGAAACACAAUCGAUGAGUAAAAUUCUCGGAGAAAUCUUUCAAAUAAUUCUUAAAAAUAAU